AUGCUCCCAGGCCGUGAACCGGACCACUAUGUUCCAAUAACUGGCGGGGUUCUUAAUUACUGUGACCCUUUGAACUUCUCCCAUCCAGAAUUUGAAGAACAGGUCCUGGGCCGAAUAAUUGAUUCCAAUUGGAAAUUGGCCAUCGGAAUCCAUCCGAAACAGGCGGCAGAGUACACGCAAGGCCAAUGGGAGUGCUUCCUAAAGCUCCUGUCCAAUCCCCGGGUGUCGGCCAUCAGUGAAGUUGGUUUCGAUUUCACGGUGAAAAAACAUCUUUGGCGACACCAAGAGGAGCUCAUGGACCGGAUCCUAUCUCUAGGGACCCUAGGGCGCAUCUUAGUGAUGCACUUGCGAGGGGCUGAUGACGACAAGUACAGUAAGGUCGUGAACCGGCUGGCAUUGCGACGUCUAAAGAGGAAGUGCCUCCCUCACCAACGGGUGCACUUGCACUGCUUUACCAGUGACGUCAGUAUGGUCCAUGCCUGGAACGAAGCUUUUCCUCACUGCUAUUUUGGUAUCACGGGUAAGGUCCGUUCGUUCAACGAGGACCAACUCGCAGCACUGAGGGAAAUUCCCCUGAACCGUCUUUUACUAGAGACGGACUCCCCUCACCUCAAGUUGCAUCCUGGGUGUACCUAUAACACCCCGUACUAUCUUGGGGACGUGGGAUAUUACGUCGCCAGGGCACGCGGAGUGCCCCUCGCAGAAAUAAUCGGGGCUACUUACACAAACGCACAGCGUUUGUACUGUUGA